AUCUCAAUCUAAAAGGGUGUAAGGUCAUCGGUCCUCCCAUUUCUGACUUCGCAACAGAGACAUUGAAGAGGGAAGCCAUGAAUGUAGAAGAAGAGGUCGAGCGUCUCAAAGAAGAAAUCAAAAGGCUUGGCAAGGUCCAAGACGAUGGUUCUUACAAGGUCACAUUUGGUGUGUUAUUUAAUGAUGAUAGAUGCGCAAACAUAUUUGAAGCUUUGGUUGGAACACUAAGAGCUGCAAAGAGGCGGAAACUUCUCACAUAUGAAGGUGAGCUUCUGCUCCAAGGAGUUCAUGACAAUGUGGAAAUCAUACUCAAACCCACCCCAGCAGCAGCGACUGAGGUAACUAAUGCAGGCGAGAAGAGUUAGAAGGAUUAUGUAGUUGUUUCAAUUCAUAUCGUGCCAUAAACAUAUAUCAUGCUUUGUGUGGAAAGAUACUGUAAAUUACUUUUGAGACCCAUAUGCUUGCUCCCGUAUAAUAAUAAACUAUUAUUCCUGUAAUAUGAAAACGUCCAUUCAAUAAUGUGAACUCAAUUGAAACUGGAGUUAAAAGAACAGAGGUUUAGCAAUCA